AACUUUCUUACCAUAGCCUUCCGCGCGGCAACCUAGUGCUCGCAGCGCUCCCGUGUUUUGAGAGGUUAGAGCCACCGCGGCGUUGCGGGCCCGUAUAUUUAUAAAUCGUCGUCGUUUUGGCUUUCGCGCCGUGUACACAUUGCCAUUGUUCCCGGAGUAAAAGCGAUACGCCUCUCACAGGCGUUUGAAAUCGGACACCGCUGGCAUUGAGGGCCUCACUUUUUGUGCGGAGGGAUACGUUGUUGCGUCUGACAAUGUGGACGGAGGUGGUGAAGAUGUCUGCGAGAAGAAUGAAAUCAUCUCAGUUGUAACAACAAAAAGGGAAGACGUCUCAUUAGAAACUGUUAGAGAGCUGUUUGCGCCCGGGCUCUGGUCGCGUCGGGCCGACACGUGGGUGUUUGGUGAGAAAGGCAGGCUCGCCGGGACAAAAGGAAGACAUCCACACGGCGCUCUGGUGCCUUUUCAUGCACUGAGCUCGAAAUUCGCUUCAACUUUUAUGUUUUUCUCCUUUCGACUCCCCGCUCCUCUUUUGAUUGUUGGAUACCAAACCCUUGGAGAGGAAAGGGUUUAUUAGUGACUGAAGGGUAUGAGCGAGCCGCAGCAAAGAAUGGCUGCAGUGGGAACUGACAAGGAACUCAGCGACCUCCUGGAUUUCAGUGCGAUGUUCGCACCUCCAGUAGCAAAUGGGAAGAACAGGACGAUGACACUGGCCAGCAGUCAGUUCAGUGGCUCAGCACUCGACGAGCGCAGCGGCUCUGGGUCCUGGGGUUCAGGAGAGCAGAACAGUCCCUCUUUCAGCCAAGGACGGGGCUACGGCGAAGGAUCACACUACAAUGAGCAUGAAGGCUUGCCCUCGUCUUUCAUUAGUUCAGGGAUUUCAGGUAAAAGUGAGAGGCCACCGUUCACUUCCUUUGGAAGCCAGGCUGGUUUCCUUCCCAGUGACAUUGCCAUGCCGAGUCCAGAUGCCAUGUCUCCUUCUGGUCUCAAGUCUGGCUCCCAGUUUUAUCAAUCGUACCCAAGCAAUCCAAGAAGAAGGCCGCCAGAAGGAGCGAUAGAAGCUCAGCCAAAGAAGAUUCGGAAACCCCCUGGCCUUCCUUCUUCGGUGUACGCAUCUACAUCUGGGGAUGAGUAUGCCAGGGAUAAUGGAGGAUAUCCUGGCGGGAAACCCGGGGCCGUCUACCCUGGCUCCUUUUACAUGCAAGAAGACCCGUGGUCAUCCUCUGGUUAUUCUGCCAUGCUCAGCAAUUCUCCUCACAUUGGACAGCCAGGCUCCUUUUCUGCCAUUAACCCACAGGACAGGAUGAAGCGUCAUCCACUGCCUCUGUCCCCACAGAACUAUCCCCUGCACGGCAGUGAAGUCAACGGCUUCCACUCGGCAACAACCACCUACAAUCACACACCCGCUAUCAACGGCGAAAGCAUUAUGGCCAACCGCGGCACCACAGCUGGCAGCUCAGGAGACGAAAUUGGGAAGGCUCUUGCUUCAAUCUAUCCGUCGGACCACAACAGUAAUAACUUCUCAUCUGCUCCAUCUACUCCUGGGUCUCCCCAGACUGUUGCAGCAGGCGCCCAGUCUCAGUGGCAGAGACCAACCACACCCAGCUAUGACGGGCCACCACACGCACUGCAGAGUAAAAUCGAGGACCGUUUGGAGGAGGCAAUCCACGUUCUGCGUAGUCAUGCAGUGGGCCAAGCCCCGGGGUUGGAUGGUGCUCACCCCGACAUGCACAGCCUGCUGUCUUCAGUACACAAUGGGGGGCUCGGAGGCCUCUCUCCGGCCUUCCCCAAUGCCAGUCUCGCUCUCAGCAACAGACAUCCCGCCAUGCAGGGAGGGAAACACGAAGAACCCACGGGGCUUCCUCCCAGCAGCACGCUGCUGCACGGUCACCAUGCCUCUGGACCCACUCCGUCAGUUGGCCAGCCAGAAGGCUUUACAAGUCUCCCUGGUGGUUUAAGCCGCUCCACACACUCCUCCAGCAGCUCAGACAUCAAACGAGAAGACAAAGAGGAUGACGAGAAUUCGUCCGUGGCUGACAAGUCUGAGGAAGAAAAGAAAGACAGCAAAGCUGCGAGGAGUCGAACCAGAAAGGAGGCGUUGACCCUCCAGAUGCUCUCUAGCCUUUCAGAGCCGAAAGAUGACUUCAUCUCUACAUCUCCAUUUGAAUCUAGCCAGGACAAUGAAGAUGAUGAAGACCUGCCGCCCGAGGUAAAGAUGGAGCGUGAGCGGGAGCGCAGAGUGGCUAACAACGCCCGCGAGCGCCUAAGAGUAAGGGACAUCAAUGAGGCGUUCAAAGAGCUCGGCAGAAUGUGCCAGUUGCAUCUCAGCCACGACAAACCUCAGACCAAACUUCUCAUACUACACCAAGCUGUCAACGUCAUCCUCAAUUUAGAACAGCAAGUCAGAGAGCGCAACCUGAACCCCAAGGCGGCGUGUUUAAAACGGCGCGAGGAGGAGAAGGUGUCUGGGGUGGUGGGUGAAGCGCCCAUGCAGCUCUCAGGAGGCCAUCCAAGUAUGGGAGGAGAUGGUCACAACCCAGUAGGCCACAUGUAACACCAGAUUUGCUGGUGUCCCCGUGGCUGUCAGAGGAUGUGGCCUUACCAGAUUUCUUCCACCCAUUUUUUUAUGUGCGUGUGCGCCUGGUGUGUGUGCGCGUGUGCGUUGGGACAUGUCUUUGUGUUGUCAGUUCAACUACAACAUGCACAUCCACACACCUGUAACACAUGUGCAUACUGCCAAAACUGACACAGUCACACUCUCAACAAUGACUACAAGCUCAAAUGUGAAAAACAAACUUUUUUUUUUUAAGUUUUGCUUUAUUUUAUACGUGUAUUUUCUUGGUUUCCACCAAAUGAUUGAACUCCAGAGGACUUCUGAUCUUGCCAGAUAUUGGGACGCCACACACUGCCGAGAUGUGCUCUGGUCAAACAAAGGAGACAUGAAAACCAACACAAAUUGAAUCAUGGAUUUGUGCCUAAUUGUUACACGUUUUCUAUUUGACAUUUAAGCAAAUUGCUUUACAUGUGAGGAACAUUUGUCUUGAGGGAUUGCUUAAGUCUAUGAGCAAUUAUUUUUUUAAUGUGUCAUUCCCAGCGUGAUGGUACAGUCUUACAUAUGUUAUGUAAACAAGCCCCGUGUAGGAAGCUGAAUUCUCUAAAUUUGGUGGCUUUUCCCAGAUGAAAUUGGAGUGUUUUGGGGCGGUGGGUGGGAAUGAACCCUGCGAACGUUUGGACUCUUGAAUGGAAGACACGCUCUCUGACUGAGGCCUGUCGAGCCCACGCUGCAGCUGGAUUGAGGAUUUGGCUUCAAAGGGUCCCUCGGCUUACGUUUCAAAUCACCAACUCCAUAAAUGUAUAUAAUUUUGUGACGAGCAGAAUCUUGUCGCAGGUUCAGGAAUUGCUAUCGCUUCACUGGCUCAAGCGGUCGUAGAUGAAAUAAAGCACAUCUGUAAAGGUUUGACAUGAGAGUUGCUGUGGGACCCGUAGGUGCAUGUCUGUCCCCGACGAGUGCUGUUACUUGUUUGAUUUGAUUUACCAGCGAUGCCAGCAGACGACUCCGCUGUUAUUUUCUUCUCCCCUGUCAAUUGGCGUGUCAUUUCAAUGAAAGACAUGAUUUGGGUUCAUUUUAUUUUCUUUUUUUCUUUGAUCCGAAGUUGUGAAGCAGACUUUGUGUAACCAUGUCUUUCUUUUCCUAAAUGACCAUUCCCACUCUAUCACAGCCCCUCGCCUGCUUUUCUGAGUAACAUUGUUCUCAUGUUUCUUCCAGAGAGAAAUGUGACGUGUAAAGUCACUUCAUACAUUACUCUGUUUCAGUUUUCAAAAUGAAAUAUAUAUAUAAAUAUAUAUUUUUUGUUAGCCUAUACAUUGUAGAUUUUUUUACAUAAAUGGCAAUAUUAGUUUGAAGUUAGAGUGUAUUGUAGAUUAACUGAACAAUGGGAUAUUUGAAAUUUAAAUGAGAUGUUCAAAAGUGUAUUAAAUUGAGGCGAGACAGCAGAGGAACUGGUCAACACGUGAUAAUGUGGAAUCUGUCAAAGGAUUUGUGUACGUUUAUUCCAGUUUUAGUUCACAGGCGUGUCAUCAGCUACCCAGAUGAGUUCUUUUGUUACAAUUGUGGGUGUGAGGGCAGAGUCUUGAAGUCUUCACUGCAGUGGUGAAGCUCUCAGGACAGACGUGGGAAGGGAUCUUUGUCUAUUAUGCAACUGGUUUUUGAAUGUAGCUUUCAUACAAAUGUGUAUCGCCUUCAUUUUCAAACACUUUCUUCCUGGGUUUUUGUCAAUACAGAACAGACGUUUUCAUUUCACCUUUAUUUUCCAUGUUCUGUCUGCUGCCACGCGGCUCUGAGUGCAGCUCACGACUGCGCAUCCUGUGUGUUCAUUUUGGAGGCAGACCUCAGUGAUCUGGGUGCAAGGUGAUCGAUCAGAUGGAGAACAAAACAGUGUUAUUGUGAUUUUAUUCCCAUGUCAUGUCAUGUUGUGAAUGUUUCUCUUUUUUACCAACAUGUAAUCACAAAUGGGAGGUAGAGCAUUUUGUGUGUUUAAUUUUUACAAAAAAAAAAGCGAUGAAGAAAAAGACCUAUACAAAUCAAUAGUGUGGCCUUUUCAUUCUCACGACUUAAGAUGUCAUGAUGGGAGAGUGAUAACCUAAUCAGUGCCUGAACUUGUAUUUUUCAGUUUUACUUUUGUGAACCAUAUCAUUUCAUUUUUACCAUGGAGAUUAAAGAGGUACUUGUUCAUUCCCCCA